CCCCCUCCACACUUGAAUCUGCAGGGAAAGAAGCUCCGAGCUUCUUACCUCCAAAGUAUAAAGUUCCUACUUCAUUACUAGCUACUUAUUGCUUCUCAUCAGAUCAUCUGGGGCCGGGGGAGGGGGGUCGUACUACUGCAUCCUCAAUGAGGGCUCCUUCUGUUUGCAGAGGAACCCAUCUGGGCUUCUGGGUGACUGUACUACUGUUAGUUCGUUUCUGCUACUACUGCACCGCCGACAACUCCUUUCAGGUGUUGGGUGUUGGAGAGUGCGUGGACUGCAAAAAGAAUAACAUUAAGAGUAGCCAUGCAUUUUCAGGGCUUCGUGUAGCCAUUGAGUGCAAGGAUGCAAAUGGACAGUUGAAGACGAGAGGAGCUGGAGAGCUUGACAAACAAGGGAAAUUCACAGUAAAAAUUCCCAGGGAGAUUGUGAAAGAUGAUGGUGAACUGAAGGAGGAAUGCUUUGCGCAGCUCCACAGUGCAUCAAAUGCACCAUGCCCCACUCACAACGGCCUGGAGUCCUCCAAGAUAAUCUUGCAGUCCAACAAGGAGAACGGGAAGCAUAAGUUUGGGCCGGCCGGAAAGUUGGCUUUCUCGCCGAUCACAUGUACGUCGGCCUUCCUCUGGCCUCAUUUCAACUACCCACCACUACCAAAACUUCUACCCUUCCCCACCACUCACCCUUGGUUCAAUCAUCCAUGGUACAAACCCCUCCCAAAGAUGCAUUUUCCUCCUCUAGUCUUUCCUCCACUCCCACCAAAGUACUUUCAUCCUCCAAUAUAUAAGAAGCCUUUCCCACCACCGGUACCGGUGUAUGAGAAGCCACUUCCGCCACCAGCCCCAGUGUAUGAGAAGCCACUUCCACCACCUGUUCAUGUUGAGCCACCACCAGUCCCUGUAUACGUAAAGCCACUUCCACCACCAGUUCCUGUUGAGCCACCACCAGUUCCAGUGUACAAGAAGCCUUGUCCACCACCAGUACCAGUAUACAAAAAGCCACUUCCACCACCAGUUCCUGUUGAGCCACCACCAGUUCCAGUGUACAAGAAGCCUUGUCCGCCACCAGUACCAGUAUACAAAAAGCCACUUCCACCACCAGUCCCUGUAUACGUAAAGCCACUUCCACCACCAGUCCCUGUAUACGCAAAGCCACUUCCACCACCAGUGCCAAUUUAUAAACCACCAUCUACUCCAACCUACAAGAAACCAUGUCCACCCAUCAUCCCUCACCUCCCUCCGUUGCCCAAAUUUCCACCUAUCCCCAAGCUCCCUCCCAUAUACAAAAAGCCUCUGCCUCAUUUCCCUAAAUUUCCUCCAAAAUCGUAUCACCACCCUAAGUUUGGUUAUUGGCCUCCCCAUCCACCUUAUUCAUCCCAUCCUUGAGGCAUUUCCAAAUUAAGGUUCUUGAUAUUAUUAAAUUAGGACCCUUCUUUCCAUGGGUGUGUUUCAUGUACCUAUUGAUCUAGUUUUUAUUGUUUAUUGUGGAGAAGAAUAUUUACUUUAAGAUCUACUAGUGCAAUAAAGUCAUCGAUGUAGAAACUAGAAAGCCACCGUCACUUUUUAUUUGUAAUAAUAUAGCUGUAUCAUGUGAGUUGUUACAAUUAAAUUGUCAGUUUGGGGCCUUGGGACAUUUCAUGUAUUGAA